GGCAGGCGCCCGCCGAGAGCACCGAGGGCGGGCGGCCGGGGCGGAGCGGCAGCCGGCAUGGGGGCCGGGGCGCUGGCCGUACGCCAAAGCAAAUCGGCCGUGAGAUUGAAGGAGGACAUGAAAAAGAUAGCUGUGUCUCCACUGAACAAGCAGAGGGACACAACCUGUCCAAAGGUGUUUGGUGUGAGUCUUCUGGAGCUCCAGCAGCAGGGACUGAGCAAAAAUGGAAUCCCAAUAGUUGUGUGGAAUAUAGUGGAGUACCUCACCCAGCAUGGUAUGACACAGGAAGGUCUCUUCAGAGUGAAUGGCAGCAUGAAGAUGGUGGAGCAGCUGCGUCUGCAGUACGAGCGUGGGGAGGAGGUGGAACUCGUUAAAGAUGGUGAUGUGUACUCAGCAGCCAGUCUGCUGAAACUGUUUCUGAGAGAGUUGCCAGAUGGAAUUAUCACGUCUGCCUUACAUCCCAGGUUCAUUCAGCUUUACCAGGACUCUAGAAACGACAUGCAGAAGGAAAGUUACUUGAAAGAACUCCUUAAAGAACUGCCUGAAGCUCAUUACUCCUUGCUGAAGUACCUGUGCCAGUUCCUGGUAAAGGUUGCUGAACAUCACAUAGAGAACAGGAUGAAUCUUGGCAAUCUUGCCACUGUAUUUGGACCAAACUGCUUUCAUGUGCGCUCUGGAUUUGAAGGGAUGAAGGAACUGGAGAUCUGCAACAAGAUAAUGACAAAAAUGCUGGAAAAUUACAAUACUUUGUUUGAAUUAGAAGGCUUGAAGAAGGAUGAAGAAAAGCCUGUAUGUGAAGAGCUAGCAAAAAUAAUUUUGGUAAAAAUGACCAAACCCCCAACGGAACAAUCCACCCAAAUAUGCCUAUUGCCACAACCAGGCCAGUCAGACGGAAUGCCUCAAGUCAACCUCCCAUUACCAGACAGUGGCUCAUGUGGGAAAGAGAUGGAUUUAGCAGAUGAAAUCUCCUUUGUUAACAAUGAUGUGUUUUUCUCCAGCUCCCAAGAAGAUGAGCGGCCUAUGUCACCCUUCUACGUGAGUACCCACGUAUCACAAGUCAGUAGCAACGUUCCUGCUACAGGAGAGUAUUUAGAGAAGACAAUCCGCUCAGCCGUGGAGCAGCAUCUCUUUGAUGUUCAUGGCUCAGGCGGCCAGAGUUCAGAGGACUCUGAAUCCGGGACGUCUUCAGCCUCUUCUAAUGUGUCUGCCAGGCAGAGGAGGCGACACCACAAAGAGCAGGAGGAAGCCCGGAGAAACAGAGACAUGGAAGUUGUCAACAAGGAGAACAUUCCCUCUGGAUUCAGCAGUCUUGAAGAUUGUAUUCUAGCUGCUCAAGAUGUAGAAAAAUUACAAGACGCCAGCUCUGGAUACCUUAGUGAAAGGAAUAAAUCAAAACGGCAGAAAUCCAGCACCAAGCUCUCAGAGCUUAAUGACAACCAGGACAGUCCUGUGAGUGUGGAAAGCUUUAGCUCAUCCAAGCCUAUAGACAGAACAGGACCUGAUGACAUGGAAAUUUUAUCUGAAGAAAGCAAAGAGAGUGAAAACGAUGGGGUUUUUUUCAGGCAUUCUCAGCUGACUUCAAGUAUGAAGAUUCAAGAACAUCCAAGCAUGCCUGAAAACAAGUUGCAAAGAAAUCAAGAUGCUGAUGAUCAGGAAAACAGCUUUGUAUCUGAAGUGCCUCGGCUGGAUUUAACAUCACUGUGCGAUGACAACAACUGGGAAGAGCCCAUCCCUGCUCUCUCCUCAUGGCGGCGAGACGGCUUAGACUCAGAUGAGGCUCGCCUUUCCCCGCAGGCCGGGCGCUUGAUUCGCCAGCUUCUGGAUGAGGACAGCGAUCCCAUGCUGUCCCCUCGCUUCUAUGCCUAUGGACAGAGCCAACAGUACCUGGAUGAUACAGAAGUGCCUCCUUCUCCUCCCAAUUCUCAUUCCUUCAUGAGGAGACGGAGUUCAUCUUUAGGAUCUUAUGAAGAUGACAGAGAAGACCUUACCCCUGCACAACUCACCCGGAGGAUUCAGGGGCUGAAGAAAAAGAUCAGGAAAUUUGAGGACAAAUUUGAAGAGGAGAGGAAAUACAGACCUUCCCACAGUGACAAAGCAGCCAACCCUGAAGUGCUCAAAUGGACAAACGAUUUGGCCAAAUUCCGAAAGCAACUUAAAGAGUCAAAACUGAAGAUCUCAGAGGAAGACCUUGGCCCUGUUGUGCGUCAGCGCAGCAACACGCUCCCCAAGAGCUUUGGCUCUCAGCUGGAGAAGGAGGAUGACAAGAAGCAAGACCUGUCAGAUAAAUCUGCCAAGCCUGCUGUGGAAGUGACCCUUGAAUCCAUCCAGAAGAAACUUCAAGAGAAACGAGCAGAGACCAAUCGACCUGAAGACAUUAAGGACAUGACACGAGAUCAGAUAGCAGCUGAAAAAGUGGCUCUUCAGAGGGCUUUGCUGAAUUAUGAAGGCAUUCAUGGCAGACCGGUAACCAAAAAUGAGCGGCAGGUGAUGAAGCCGUUGUAUGACAGGUAUCGCUUGGUCAAACAGAUCCUCUCCAGAGCCAACACCAUCCCCAUUAUUGGUUCCCCCUCCAGCAAGCGGAGAAGCCCUUUGCUGCAGCCAAUUAUCGAGGGCGAAACAGCUUCCUUCUUCAAGGAGAUAAAGGAAGAAGAGGAGGGCUCUGAGGAGGACAGCAAUGUGAAACCGGAUCUCACAAUUACCAUAAAAACGGAUUUCAGCGUGCGCAGCUUCUUGGAUCAACUAGAAGAUGAUGCUGACGGCUUUGUUUCCCCGGUGGAUGACAAGAUGCCAUCUAGGAGCAGUCAGGACAUGGGGCUUUCAAAUCUCCAUGAGGCAUCCAUCCCUGAACUGUUAGAGCAGCUCCAAGAAGUCAGGGAAGAGAAAAAGCGAAUCAGAAAAAAAUUGAGAGACUUUGAAGAUAACUUUUUCCGACAAAAUGGAAGGAAUGUGCAGAAAGAAGACCGCACUCCCAUGGCUGAAGAGUACAAUGAAUACAAGCAGGUUAAGGCCAAGCUGAGGCUGCUGGAAGUCCUGAUCAGUAAGAGAGAUAUUAGCUCCAAGAUCAUGUAAAGGAGGAGAUUGGUUUUGCCAAUAAACAAUGAGGAGAGAGCACCAAACGGACAAAUGCAUGGAGUGGAUGCAGCGGGAGCCUGACUGGGAGAGCUGAGGAGCUCCCUGGGAACUGAAGGGUCAUUCCCAGAGAUGGGAGAGGGAGGAAAGGUGGAUUUCUGUAACUCUACAUUUGCUGUUGCCCACUGUUUCUCCAGGCCUGAUGCCCAAAAUGGAGUUUGCCAGUGUAGGAGACACAACACUGCGCUCAGUGACUGCGCUGAAGGGAUCCUUUUGUAUUGAUUUGCUUACAGAUCCUGUAAUAUUUAGAAUAUCAAAGCCAGCCAUGCUGUUCUUCUUUUCCCAGGAUAUUAUAGCAAGAGGCAAAAUAGGAUUAAUAGAAAUGAAAUCAUCAAAUAGCUUCUAUUUGAGUUGAACAGACAAGUGCUCUGACCAAUCUCAUGUUAGGGCACAGGUCAGCCAGCACCAAGACUGUUCUCUUGUAGCUACAGUAAAGAUUUGCUCAGACUUUUGACCUGUUUGGAGUCCAGCAUCUUCUGUUCCUCUAGAGAAAUGCUGUAAUAAUCUCCUGGUCAUCAGCCAGAGCUGGUGUGAGCUGCAGUUUUGCCCAGGCUUGAGUUGGGUUUUCUUCCCAUGUUUUUGAUGGCCAGUUCAACCGGAGUAGAAGGAAGUACCUGCAUGUUUGGGAUGGUAAAGAAAAUGAGCCAUGGAGCCACUGUUCUUACCAGCUUGUUCUGCUUGGAGGGUGAUACUGAGACCUGACCACAUUUGGGCAACAGGGAAGAGGUUUUAAAAGCUUUAAGUCAGAAUCCCUUGGGAUUUUGGUGGUUGGUUAAAUAUCUGGUGUCAAAUAUGUGGUAGAUAUCUGGAAGACCCACCCCAUUAGUACGUGUGCUUCAUCAUGAUACAGGCACCUGAGCCCAAGCUGAACAGUCCACACAGGUGUCCCACAAACUCACUCACCUAAAGUUUCUUCUUUUGUGCACAUCACUCCUGUGUGGGCUGCAGUAGCAACAUUGAUGGUGGCAGCAGAGGAUGGGCUUUUCUUCCCAGAGGAUACCGCAGGAAACUGAGAGCAUGGAGCUGUGCUCUGCCUGUGGAAAGGGCACCUGUCUCGAGUGGAAGCUUUGACAAUUUACUGUUUCCAAAUUUGUUUAUGACUUUCAGAAAAGAAAGUCCUGGGACACCUGAUUCAGGUGUGUCUUGGUUUGAAAGACAGGUUAUCUGCCAAGAAAGGCAGGAGCCUCCCUUGGAAUGUAAAAUGUAAACCCCCUCCCUCUGAAUUAUUUUGAUUUUUGAAAUUAAGGGGUUCUCAGGCAGAGAUAUGAGGAUAAGAAUAACAGUUCUUUACUAGAGUGUAUAAUAAAGCAAACAAACAACAACACGGCAUUAACACCAAACAGAGCCCAGUCCCAGCCCCUCUCUCAGCCGCAGAUGCUUUCCCGCUGGGUGCAGUUCCGGGCACGGCCAGCAGGGGCGCUGCUGGAUCCCGGCCAGGCGGGGCAGUGCGGUGACUCCCCCUGGCCUGCAGGGGGCGCUGUGCUGUGAGCUCGGGGAGCACACGGUAAUGGCGGCUGGGCCCACACGGGAAGGGAUGGAGGAGAAGCUUUGCUCCUCAAACCCCUGGGGCAGCCGAUCCCAGUGCCCCAGCAGGACUCUGAGAAAACAAUGAGUGAAACAAUCCCGGGGUGGUAGAGGAGAUGUAUCAGGAGCUAUUACGGAGCUGUGGCUGGAACUAUGGGCAGGCAGGGGGUGAGGGGCUGCAGUGCAGUGAAAGCUCGGAGCAGUGCCAAAGAAGCAGCGAGGGUGGGACAGAGGUGGCCCAGCUCCCAGCAGGGCAGGGAGGGGGGAGCUCAGGAUCCUGGGCACCCGAGCAGAUGUGGAUAGGUCCCUCUCUUAGUGAGAUAAGUGUUAAUAAGGUCUCAGUUCAGUGGUUGCCCCACAAGCAGAGGCUCAGCCCAGAAAUGAAGAAGCAGCACAGGACUGGGCUCUGGGGGUGACAGUGAAUCCUUCCCACAGUAAGAAACAGCUUGACCAUCCUCUGAUGCUGAGAGGGGGAGAGAGAGUCCAGCCACUGUCCCCACCCCUUUAUUUGCCCAGUUCUCAGGGUAUCUCUGCCCCUCGGAGAGAAAUCCCCCCCAGAUGACAGAAGUGCUACCAGAUACCUGAGCUUGGCCACUUCUUUGUUUUUCUUAAGUACCCAGUAGUUAAUGUUUCUUAGCAACUUAUGGGAAAAAUUCUAUAGGUAAGAAGGAACAAAAGAAAAUGAACCUAACCCCCGACAAGGUGCUCACAUCAAACAGGUGCUGCCUGAAGGAGAGAAAGGCCCCAAGUUCAGGGACAUCAAGUCACUGAGGGCCCACAGUUCCGCCAUCCUGGGACACCUGGGCUCUCUCUUCCACACCAGAGGCCCAUGUGCACCCCUUGGUCUGCCCUGAGCCAGGCUCCACCCUGAUACCCAAGGGAGGGCACUUCUGUAAUGCUUUCUUCAGCUCCCCAGGGGAUCACUGCCAUUGUACAGAAGCCAAAUAACCAAGAUGAAAUCCAGUGUUGGUUGUAGCCAGGCCUCAUGCAUGUCACACCAGAGGAGCCAAAAGGACUCCUAGAACAACUUCUCCCCCUUCCUUCUUUAUUAAAGGGCAAGUGGGUUCACAAAUACUUGUAUUUAGUUUGUGGUACUUCUGUAAGGUACUUUAUCCCCUUUCACUUGCUAUGUGUGCUGUGUGUGUUCUUGCCAAAAUUGCUUCUAUUUUGGUCUCUUCAGGAUCCCUUGAACUCUUCCAAAGGUAGUCAUGGGCUGCACGUGUCCUUUGCUAGUCAGGGUGGGUGUCCUGGUUUAGGGCAAAUUGCCCCAACUGGUUCGGAAAAAUAUUUCCUUGGAGAAAAGUGGAAAAAACCUGUUUAUUUAACAAGCAAAGCACCAACAAACGUAAAAAAUGAACAAUACCAAACAAUAAAACCUCUUGUUGUUCUGAAGUGAUGGCAAAUUCGGAAAGUCAUUUUUGUGGGGUGUAGCUCAGCUCACUGUAUGUCUCUCAGUCCCCCUGGCGCUGGAGUGCCGCGUCCCAGCCCCUGUGGGCCACAGGCAUGAACUCCUGGUGUUCUUCUGAGAUUUUGGUCCAAAGCAGUUUUGAACAGUUCCAAGAAAAGGAAAAGCCACAGUCCAUGGAACUUUUCUGCUUCAGCUAUCUAAAAGCUAACUAAAUAGCAAACGAAAGUUCUGUCUCCCAUCCGUUCUGCAGCCAGCACAGUCCAGGAGCAGGAUGUGGGGCAGCCAGUGCAGCUUCUGAUAACAAACUCUGCACUUCUCCUGCCACCCCCUUUGCUCUUGGACCCAGCCUUAAAGGUGUGGAACUUAAAACCCAGCAUAAACAGAACAGAUGAUGGGGGAUACAAGCAUCAUAAAGUCACCCCAGGACAUGGGGUAAGGCAGAGAUGUGUUAGUGAAAGCACUUGGGAUGGGCACUCAUGGCUUGGUUUGGUUUUUUAUUAAUUGCAGAAUUGCCUGUUCCAUAUAAAACCAGCAAUGACUGAAUUUUGUAUUUCCAAACAGUCCAGAGGACUUGUGUGCUGACCUAGGACUUGGCUUUUCAGAGGUGCUGAGUUCCCAUCUCCUGCGAUGGGAUCUCCUCUGAUCCUUGGGGUGUCUUAACUGGGCUGACAGAUUGGAUCAAAAAGUGCUUUGAAUGGAAGCCUUCACAAACCCCCGGGGCAGCUGAUCCUGGUGCCCCAAUAGGACUCUCAGAAGCAGCAAGCUGGGCCAGCAGGAAUGAGCAAAAAUCCCGGGGUGGUAGAGGAGAUGUAUCAGAAGAUAUUCCAGAGCUGUGGCUGGAACUAUGGGCAGGCAGGGGGUGAGGGGCUGCAGUACAGUGAAAGCUCGGAGCAGUGCCAAAGCAGCAGCGAGGGGGACAGAGGUGGCCCAGCUCCCAGCAGGGCAGGGAGGGGCAAACUCAGGAUCCUGGGCACCCGAGCAGAUGUGGAUAGGUCCCUCUCUUAGUGAGAUAAGUGUUAAUAAGGUCUCAGUUCAGUGGCUGCUCUCACAAGCAGAGGCUCACCCUACAGCAGAAGCAGCUCUGGGCUGGGCUCUGGUGGCAGCAGCGCAUUCCCUUCCCCAAGCAGCAGCUCCGACCGUGCUCCUCCGAAGCCAAGAGAGUGAGCCAGCAGCUGCCCCAGCCCCGCCCUUUACCUGCCCGAUGC